AUGGGUGAAGAAGCAAACCAACCCCGUAGUCUCAAGGACUACAUGUACCCAACCAGGGAAAGCCAGCCCUCGUGCAUCAUUCUACCAGCUGAUGCUGGUCAGUUUGAACUUAAGGCAAGUACCAUUCACAUGCUCCCUGUGUUUAGAGGGGUUGAUGCUGAAAACCCCUACCAUCAUGUUAGAGAUUUUGAAGAUAUUUGUGGGAAUCUGCGUUUUAACCAAAUGCCGGAAGAGUCCCUCAAACUGAGACUGUUUCCUUUCUCUUUGAAAGAAAAAGCCAAGUCCUGGCUGCAUGCCUUACAACCACAGUCCAUUAGAACAUGGGAUUCAUGGGAAGACCUUACAAAAGAAUUUUUCAAAAAAAUUUUCCCUAACCAUAAGACUGCGACAAUUCGUCAAAUCGCUGAGAAGACUCAGCAAUGGGAGUCCAUCCGUGAACCUAAAAAGACUGGCCCUGUAGCUAAUGUCCAUAGAAUCGAGUCCGAUUUUGAAGAAAAAGCUAAUGUUGCAUCCUUGGCUAGGAGAGUAGAAGCGCUAGAGCUGCUGAAGAAUGUGAAAACUACUGCCCCUACUCUCUGUGACCAAAUUGAAAUGGCCACUCGUGCCGCAUGCCACAGUUCAGAGCAUCUAGUGGAUAGUUGUCCAGACCUACAAGCAUUUCAUGAGUCUAGAUUUGAGCAGGCUAAUGCUUUGUAUCAUAAGCAAGAGAACAACCCUUAUUCUCAGACCUACAACCCAGGGUGGAGGAAUAUUUCUAAUUUCUCGUGGUCUAAAGGGCCCGUACAAGGGGGUACACCAAGUAAUAACCAAGGAUAUUCAUAUCCUAGAAACCCCCAAGUACAAACACACACACAGUACCCUGUAGAGAAAAGACCUAGCUUUGAUGACGGUAUAAACCAAAUGAAUCAAAACCUUUUGCAAUAUCAGAAGUUAAAUGGCCAGAGGCUUGCGAGUUUAGAACUCAAAAUCGGUCAAAUGUGUGAUGUACUAAACGAGAGAGAAAAAGGUAAACUACCUAGUCAACCUCAACAACUUCAGAAAAUUGCAUUUCAGGCAAGCACCUCAAAUUGCAAUGAGUCCUCUCAUAAUCAGGUAAAUGCUGUCACUACUCUUCGUAGUGGUAAGGUUGUUGAUAACAAUGUAGGUGUACCACAAUCAGUCGAGUCUAGAUCAGACUCACCGGUGCAUACAACUCCACAGAAAACAACCGUGGUGGAGAAGGAAUCUGAGCAUGAUAAUGACUCUAAGAAUUCCACUGAUGUUGCACCAUCUCAGGUACCUGUUGCUCCAUUUCCUCAGAGGUUGACACAACAAAAAUGGGGUACUCACUACAAUGAGAUGUUGGAAAUGUUUAAACGUGUAAACAUAAACAUUCCAUUUCUCGAAGCAAUUAGGCAGAUACUCACCUAUGCUAAAUUUUUGAAAGACCUUUGCACACAAAAAAGAAAACAUCAUGUGCACAAGCGUGCUUUUCUCACUGAGCAGGUAAGUUCGAUUAUUCAAAGCAAAACUCCACCUAAGUUUAAAGACCCAGGUAGUCCAACUAUCAUAUGCACUAUAGGUGACCAUACGAUCGAUAGGGCUUUGCUUGACUUAGGAGCAAGUGUGAACCUUUUUCCAUAUUCUGUGUAUAAGCAAUUAGGUCUUGGGGAGCUGAAACCCACUCCUGUUACGCUACAGUUAGCGGACAAAUAUGUCAAAAUCCCUCGUGUUAUUGUUGAAGAUGUGUUAAUCAAGGUUGAUAAAUUUUAUUUUCCUGUGGACUUCAUUGUGCUAGAUACUCAACCUGUGCAAAACCCAGACUGCCAAAUUCCUGUCAUUUUAGGACGUCCUUUUCUGGCAACGCCAAUGCUAUCAUAA